UCUCCAUCUCAAACGCACUCUCCAUCUCAAACGCACUCUCCAUCUCAAACGCACUCUCCAUCUCAAACGCACUCUCCACCUCAAACGCACUCUCCAUCUCAAACGCACUCUCCACCCUCAACUCCAUCUCAAACGCACUCUCCAUCUCAAACGCACUCUCCAUCUCAAACGCACUCUCCAUCUCAAACGCACUCUCCAUCUCAAACGCACUCUCCCUCUCAAACGCACUCUCCCUCUCAAACGCACUCUCCCUCUCAAACGCACUCUCCACCCUCAAACACUCUCCACCCUCAAACGCACUCUCCCUCUCAAACGCACUCUCCAUCUCAAACGCACUCUCCAUCUCAAACGCACUCUCCCUCUCAAACGCACUCUCCAACGCACUCUCCAUCUCAAACGCACACUCCCUCUCAAACGCACACUCCCUCUCAAACGCACUCUCCCUCUCAAAAGCACUCUCCAUCUCAAAUGCACUCUCCAUCUCAAACGCACACUCCCUCUCAAACGCACUCUCCCUCUCAAAAGCACUCUCCAUCUCAAACUCACUCUCCCUCUCAAACGCACACUCCCUCUCAAAAGCACACUCCCUCUCAAAAGCACUCUCCCUCUCAAACGCACUCUCCCUCUCAAACGCACUCUCCCUCUCAAACGCACUCUCCCUCUAAAACGCACACUCCCUCUCAAAAGCACACUCCAUCUCAAAUGCACUCUCCCUCUCAAACGCACUCUCCAUCUCAAAUGCACUCUCCACCUCAAACGCACUCUCCCUCUCCCUCACCCUCACACGCUGAAGGGGCUUUCAGUUAA